UCCCUGGGACAAUGGCAGGGGCUCUGGGCGCUGGAAUUGGGACGCUGGCAGGAACAUGAUGGACAGAUUGGUCUCCCUCACUGAACAGUCCAGCUUCUCUGUCUGCAGUCAUGGUGGCUAGUGUGUGAGACUGUGAUGGAGCAUAUCUAUUCCCAUCUAAUCAAUAGCAGAGCAAUGCUUUAUCCACUUCUGUGAGCUGUUGUACUGUUUGCAUGAGGAAUCUCUGUGAUGUGGAUUGCCCAGGGUCCCCCAUUUGUAACAUGUCAUUCUGCAGUCAGAUUUAGCAUCUCUCUCGUCCUGUUCACUGCGUUUAUUCACAUUGUGUGUAGUCACGAAUCCGCAAGCGCCCUGCACCCCUUGAUCAAUAUUUUCACGUUGCAGUGGCGAGUGAGAUUGAGAACUGGGAAAGAAUUUCGAGUUGCAGCAAGUUCGGUGGAUUUGCCGAGCGGGUCCCUUGAAUGUGCCUACAGGAAAUCUCUGGAGGUGCCCAUCACCGGCAUUCACCACUCGGCAGCUGUUUGUGGGCACAGUCCAGAUUUGGUUUGGAAAGGUGGCGAUGCUGUUGCAUACGACUCAUCACUACAGCACAGACUGAAGACAGGUUCCUCAGAUUUCAUAUUGUAUGACACUGCAAACACUCAUUCAGGGUUAAGGAUUGUGACACAGAAACAUCCGUACCAUUCUCUCACCUCAGCAGCAUCAGGCAGCACUUGGAGCCAUUCGGUAUUCUCCUCUCUCGUGUCAUGGACCAAACCAGUCGAGCCUCAGAUAAAAGAGUCACAGCCCCCUCCAAAGCGCAGAAACACGGAAGGAUCUGCAGGUUUCUCACCUUUCAACUUGACUUUUCAGAAAUGUGCCGAGGUGAGCAGAAGAAAUGAAUCCCAGAUAGUGACUGUGAAAUUGAUAAUAAGCAGUUUGGAUGUGCAAUCCACAUAUAACAUUUCUCAGCUUACUAUCCGAGAUGCUAUCAGUGGUCUAAGCAUUCAAAGUAACAUGGGAAAAGACACUGAAUUGGGGUUCCAGACGUACACCAAAGACAUUCUUCAAGCUGGUGAAUACUUUGUAAUAAACUAUACUGCAGUAUUAAAUACUGGCGGAUCGAAGGAUUGGAGGAACAUGUCAUUACCUGCCUACCUCAACUUUGGCAAGAUGUCUCAGGAUGAUCAUAUUCAGAUUGAACCCUUGGUGGCAGACUUCGUGCUGACUAAGGAGGCCUUAAUUGAGGGCUCUCCAAAUCACGGUAUCCACGUUCUUGGGUUUAUUGUUGCAUUCAUUGUUCCUUUUGCCUUGGUGUGUUUGAUUCUCAUCAUCUUCAAAAGAAUCCGAAAUCGUCAGCAGCAGGUGGAAAAGGAACAGUCAGAAUUUAGUUGUACACCAAUCGGUGAUGCAGCAGAGCAUUUCGAGAAAUACCUCCAAAUUGAGGACAAAGCGAUCAGCAUUUUGAUGCUUGAUGAUCCAGAGAACAUGAUGCAGGCUUUUAAUGAUUUGCACAUAUGGAACUCCAUACAGAUGGAUACACAUCUGGAAUACUGUCGCAAACAAAUGCACAUCGAUGCCAUUGUGUUGUUGCUGAGGAACCUUAAACCUAAGGAAGACCUUUCACCAGCUUUAGAGGAAAGGUUCAGCAAUGUCUUCCGAAGACAGUUUGAGGAGAUGGAAACCAGGCUAUGGAUAGAGCAUGAUGGGGUGUUAGCUGCAUUAGCGACUCAAAGCGAUCAAGAGACUGGCGAGAGAAUGGCAGUUCUCCAUUUGAGACAGAGGGAAGAGGAAGAAGAAACUGAGCUGCUCAUACAGAAAAUGGAUGAACAGCUGGCCUCACAGUGCAGAAAACAGCUGGAACAAUUGCACAUGUGGGAGCAGAAACAACUGAGAGACUCACUUCUGAUGACACACGAAGAAGCUUCUGGAAAGGCCCGAAGAAAGUUAGUCGUGUGCCUCAGGCAGGCAUUCCAAAGCAUCAUUUUUGACCAACUGCAGGAGGUCAUCAGACAAGAGGAAUUAGAUGAGGCUUCAGCCAGCCAAGUACUGCAAGCAAACUGGCACCUUCAGUUUCAGUUGGAAACACUGAUGGAUCAGCAACUUGCUUUCCAGAGGAAAGUUCUUGAUGAGGGUCUUGCUCAUAGAAAAGGACUGGUCGACAGGAUACAGCGUGGGAUGAACCAUAGACGCAAUCUCCUGAACACUGCUUCCCUGCAUAUUACAGCCUUUACCAGUCUACUGAAAAACACUACUUAUCUAACAGAAGAUCAGCUGGAAUCUGUAUUGGACGUUAUGCACCAGGAAGUACUUGUUGUGAAGCAGAAGCUGGAUGAGGUCAUGGAUCAAGAGAAGAAACUAAUUUAUUGCAAAUUGAUCAGUGAGAGACGAGAGCACAUUUUCAAAAAAAUUUGUGAGCAAGAGCAUCAACAAAAGCAGCUGGCAUCUCUUCUCAACACCUUGGGAGAAAGACAUUACAAUCAUAAAAAAUACCUCAUGGACUGGCGUGAGCUAUUACACAAUCAUUGUGCAGAACUCGGAGAAUUGGUGGAGAAAUUGGACAAAGAUGCAGUGGACCAACUGGAAACCCUUAAUAUGCAACUUAUCAAAAAUGCCUCGAUGAAAAUUAAAACAAUUCAUGCUGAAUUUUAUCAGAAGUUGGUCAAUCUUGGCGUUCCAAAGGACUAUUUAAGACAAGUGAUAGAAGAUCAGGAUAAGGAAAUAAACAUUCACCAGGACAAACAAACAGAGCAAGCAGAAAUCGACGAGCGUAAAAUUAAUGAAUCGUUGGAGAAAGUUAGGGGAAACAUAUCAAAACAACUACAUUCAGAAAUUGAAGAACAGAAUUUCUUACGCCAUUGGAAUAAAUUGGUUUUCCAGAACCUAAUGAAAAGUCCACUUUUACUUUCUGAAGAGGAAUUUCAAAAGAUCAUGCUGACUUACCUCGAAAGUUUCUGCCAAAUGGAUAAUGGCUUGGCUCUUCCUAAGUUGUGCGAGAGAUUCACAAUCCAACGCUGUCUGACUGACUGGAGGAAGACAGAGACAGAAAAACUUGAACAGCAGUGGAAGAAUGGGGGCAAGUUGAAAUCGGAGGAAGUGGGACAUGGCGACCAGGUCAAAUUGUUAGCUUUACAAGAACGUAUGAGAGACAAAAUUAAAUUGUAUGAGGAAGAAAAUAAUAAAGUUUAUGAAGAAAUGCAUGUGGUCCAUGCUGAGCUGCUACAGCAGAGAGCUAAUCAGAUGAAGGAUCUGGAAGAAAGCCUAGGAGUCUGCAUGGCUUCAAUUCAGCUUUGCAAAGCUGAGAAGCAAGUCAGUGCCCUAGAGAUUCAUGGUGCUGUUCUCAACCUGCAGGCACUGCUGUUAGACGAACUAAGCACAGCAGGGUCAGUGCCCCAGUCUGAGUGUGCCCGGAUUGUUCAGGAGCAUGUUUGCAAGCUGGAACAACUCGUCUGUUUGCAUUCAGAGAUGCUACAGCAUGAGCUUGCUAUGCAGAGUGAGCUAACAGAACAAAACAGCUGGACGUUGACAGAGAGCAGACACCCCACUGAAGAUGAUACUGCACAGAGCAGCAGUCAAAUAUUUCUCUGUCUACAGCAGGCCAUGUUCAAGUAUCAAGAACUGAUAGACACAGAGACUCAGAGAUUAAGAGGUGAAGAGAGGAAAAGUCAGUUACUAGAAGAUGUGAAGGGGCAGCUGCUGGUGAAGACAUUGCUGAGUCUCCAGGAUCAGGAGAUGAAGCUAGCAGCUUAUCUUGUGGAGCAGCUGGAAGUGCCAAUGACUGAGUUUCAGGCACUGCUAAAUCUGCUCCUCCCCAAUGCUACUGAGGAGGAAUCCACUCUGAUUGUAAAUGGAAUAUAUUCUGAGAGAAUUAUUAGCAGUAAGAUAAAUAAGGGUAAAGCAGAUGAGAGUGGGAAAAGGAGACUUCAGAGGUCAAAGAAAUCACUUGACCUAAAACUGAGAAGCAAGCUCAUUGGUGAAUACCAGGAGAAUAUACAUACACCCUGCAGCAACAAAAGAAGCAUAUUGAAGAAGGAGCGACUCCAGCUCAUGAAACAAGUGUCCUUCUCUCCUGACUAUGGUUCCCCUAAGGUCUCUCCUGUUAAAGUUGAUGAUCGCCAUGAAUCAAUUGAUGAAGCACUGGGGCAAGUUGUAAAUAUGCCCGAUACAGGGGAAAAAGUCUUUGUAUUCCGCAUCAAGGAACUACAUCACGCUUCAGAUCUCCAACCAAAGAAGAAGAAAAAGCGCAAUUUUUUAAAUUAUAAAAGAGCAGCUGUGGCUAACUUGGAUUGACUAUGAAUUAAUUCAAGAUUAGCAUUAUAUUGCCAAAUGACUAACUUUGGAGCCUUUUAACCUAUAAACUAGAGCUACAAUGAUAAUUUCCUCUUUAAAAAAAUGGAAAUGGUCAAUUUGAUUGUUGUUCAUGAGUUGUUAAAGUUAAGGGGAAACUUGCAAAUUUUUGAAACCUGCAACACAUAAGCAAUCUCAAAUAUAGCCAACUCAUCACAGCAGAAGCAUCAAUCAUAGCGUAAUUAUCCUUUGGUGUUUCUCAGGUCGACAGCUAGCUGGCAUAAAUGUCAAAACUUUAUUCAUCAAGCUGAGAUAUGGACAAUAAUUUUGUAGAAUGCUUCAGCAAUGAUUCAGAAAACUGCAGUUUAAUUAUCAGUUUUGGAUUCAUUGAUAACUUCUGUAAUGGAGACAAGAAAGUAGAAUGUUGACUGAUCAAAGGUCCUUACUGUCUGUUAAUGGACUAAGGUAAUAAGUGUGGGAGCUUGCCAUGAACUGUUUCUUCAAGUGCUGAUGAUACGGAAGAGAAGCAAGCAAUAUCUAAGUUGCACUUUGGGAAAGAGCUCACCAAUAAACUCAUGAAAACUGUUACAGAGUUACAGUGAUGGAUAAAUAUCAGCAUGAAAAGUUUACAGAUGUGGUGAUUUUUCUCUGCCACUGGUAAUAAGUAGCAAAGAGUUGAAUACAGUUUUUUCUGAUUUAAUUGGCACACCAAUCUCAAUGUGAUGAACCUCAGCCUCUACAGUGCAAUGUUCUGCUACUGUGGUGUACUUGUUACUUGGAGUGGUCAUGGGUUGCACGGUUUUGCCUUAAAUUUUACAAUGUCUCUUCCUCCUGUUCUGUUGUGAUGCACUCACAAAUGGCUGUUACACUCAUAUAUGUUACUCUGAUAUUCUUGUUUGAUGUGUUACUCCUUUCACUUCUGUAAUGAUGAUUCUAACUUGUCCUCUAUAUAAAAUUCAGCAAAACCUUGCAAUUUUUGAUUUGUAUCUGCUAGUGUGGUUUGCUAAGUGACCACAAUAAUCUUAAUAAGCAAAAGUAUUUCUUUAGCUGCUCCUUUUUAAUUUCUCCUUCUUUGAUAGAUAGGGAUUGAGGUAAAUGGUUUGCAGCUCUUUGUGCCAAAUGCAUUAUCAUACUUUUUUUCAAAACAGCUAUUUGAAUAUGAUGCAGUAUAAACAUUAUUAUAUUUU